GUCAAAUAGAGAAAAAUAAAAUGGCGAUAGUGAUUGAAAAUUCGUCUGUGAUGUUCAAUUUUCUUUAAAAUUCGUGCGUUCCAUUUAUUGUUUUAAGUGAAAUAGUCUUUAUUUAUCUUUUAAAGGGGGGAGGUAACUACUACCAGCCAAAAUGAGCUACGAAGUGUCUGAGAAUCCAGAUCUUAUUGAUCUGGAUUUGAGUAUGGGACAAUUCAACACGACUCAGUCACUUGAAGAGAUGAAAUUGGACAAAAAUAUGGUAUGGCUGUUGUUUUCGCUGGUUUCAUCAAUCGUCUGGGUGACGUAUAUUACUUUUUACAAUUCACGGGUAUUCGGAUACUUUGUCACUAAACUUGUGAACCGAUUAUUCAUCAGAGGUGCUUACUUCAAAAUAGGUUCACUCAAUGUGAAUCCUCUUGCUGGAAAGAUUAUGUUUCGUGACGUGGUAUACAUCAACUAUGACUACACAGUCCGGGUCCAGGACGGUUAUUUCAUCUUCCGGUGGUGGCGAUCGUAUGUUCCGAAGGAUGUGUCGGAGGAUUUGUCACAUUCCGAUACACGGCUCUCAGUUAUGUUUAAUGGACUCGAGCUUCAUGUCUACAAUAGAUCGGACCUUUACGCCAAAUUAGAGCGAACUUUUGGAUUGAAACCGUCUGUUCUGAUUCCAACGGAGAAUAUGAACGUAGAAGAAAUGGCUCGUAUCAAGGAGCAAGUGAUGAACUAUGAGAAUCAACGGCAGAGUGGCGAACAAAAUGGAAAAACUAAGAAGCCUCGACCGGAAGCAAUGACCGCUACGACUUGGAGGGAUCUUAUUCCAGUGAUCAAAAUCGACAUAUGUUCUGGAAGAUUUGCCUUUGGUAAUCGGCUGACUCCAACAACGUUAUCGAUUUGUGUCGAAGAAGCCCAUUGUGUUUACAGUACCAAACCGGCUGUUUCUAAACUGGACCAUUUCAUGCAUUUCGUGAAGGCGAAGCUUGAGAAUGCCAAAGUUUUGCUAGCUCCAAGCCCGAAAUACACCGGAUUUGUUGACGAGCCUCCUCGUUACAUGGGAGAAGGAUUUGUUGUAAUGAUGUCCAACAAUAUGGAGUUAUAUUUCUACAUGGAUGAGGCGGGUGUUGUUCCUGAAGAACCAGUUACAUUGACAUUAGCUAAUGGGGAUGUUGUCGAAGCGUCGCCUCCAGUAUGGGGCAUUGACAUAAAAUGUGGCAAAGGCACAGAUUUCAGCUAUGGUCCGUGGGCGGAUCGACAACGAGAUCAUUUGUUUAGAUUUUUCUUCCCUCCAGACUACCAAGCUAUGCAGGUAACAAAGCCACCCAAACCGGGUGAUCGACGAGAAAUCCAAUCAUUUGAUGUGAGCCUCAGCACAUUGAAUGAAGCUACAAUCGACGUUUUGUUCUCGAAGAACAAAGAAACUAAUGCAGUUCAUGUAAAUAUUGGAGCGGGUUCUUAUUUGGAAUUAACUCUGCCGUGGAUUACCCUGCAAGAUGGUUUUAAAACCAAGGUGACGGGCCAGCUAUUACAUGUAGAAGCAACCACUAGUUUGCAAUAUCGUAGUCUGGCAGAAUGUGAAACACUACAGUUCAACGUAAAAAUUCACUAUCCAGUUCGAUGGAAUGAUCAUCAAGAAUGGACAAUUAAUUUUACUGGUAGCAAGGCAACCGCUUAUAUUGUCUUUUCUCACAAGGAAUUCUUCCAAGAUCUCAUAGAGGAUUGGGCCUCCAAAGCUAGACCAGAUAUACUGAGCUUUGUACCUUAUACGUGGAAGUUUGGUGUUAUCUUGAAGGAGUUUGAAAUCAUUACCCUCAGCAAUGAGUACAACUGGAUUGACUGCUCCAGCACUAACCAGGAAAACCAUCAUCUUGCGUUUUGUGGAGAUUUAUUCGAUUUGAGCUUCAGUUUGCCGUUCAACGACUUUCUGCCACUAAAAAUCCCUAUCGUGUUUUGGAUACAUGGAGAAGGGCUAGAUUUGAGUAUGUAUCUUCCGGAACAAUCUAGCGUCAAACCGAUUUUAGUAGGAAUGGAUGAAAACGCAAGAAUUUUGAUGCGCGACGGCAGCAUAAAAAAGCAGAGCGACUUAAUGUCGAAAAAGUGGCGUCGCGUUUGUCAGCGAUCGACUGGUUGGAUCGAUUGUUGGACGGUCCCCAUUGUGGCUCUUUCUAUUAAGUAUAUUUACCACCCGAUGCCACCCCUAGGACCGGAUCCACAAGCCGACAUCACAACGCCCGAGAAGGAAGAAAUUUUGCUCAGCCCAAUGCGAAUUCCAAAGAUGAGAAAAUCACCUGCGAUAACCUGGAGCAGUGCAGGUCAGCCGAAAUUUGAUCCCACUACUUUGCCACCCGAUCAGGUGUCCGUUGAGCUUGAAAUUGGUUCCUCAAUAAUGCUCGCAUACGGAUCUAUUUUGAAGAAUUUUAUUCACCUGAAAGAGAACAUUUUCGGCGAAGAUCAAGCUUUUUCGGAUAUGGAGAAGUCGAAUUCAAAGUCCAGUUCUGGUGGUGGAGUUGGUAGUGGUGCCAAAUCUACAAGCUCCAAGGACGAUCCAAACAAAUCGCUGUCUGAAACAAGUGUCAACAUUGACGAUAAACCUAAGCGUUUCGAUCCACGAUUGUACCGGCCACUGGAAGUGACAGUAAGCGUUACUAUUCAUGAUUUGCAAGCUCAUAUAAUGAAAAACUGCAAUGACAAUGACCCACCGUGCCCCGUGGUCCUAAUUGAACGUUUAGGAUUCGAGAUGAAGAAACGCUUCCACGAAACCGAACUUCAAGUUCUUGUGAGCCCGUCUUUCCUCAUAUCAUCUGACAACAUUAUCAGGCCUUCGAAGGAUAAACAUCUCAAACAAGGUCACUUGCUUCUUUCAGCGGUUCAAGUCCGUGGUCAUGCAAUGUUCAGCAACGAAGGACGACAACUCGAGGAAGAGACUGUUGAGUACGCUUGGUUAUUGGAGGUGCAGUUAGGCAAAUUGUCUGGCAAAAUGACAAUACCACAAUUAUGCAAUGUUAUAACUGGGCUGGAAACGUUGGCAUUUCUAACAAUAGAUUCUGAGAAUGAACUAAAAUCUCCUAAAACCGUUCGGUAUUGUCACCAUGGUGUUCCAACCAAUGUUUGUCCACACACCAAAGAAGAUUCCAAGUACCGUUGUCCUUCAACGGAAGAUAUCAAAUAUCGUAUGACCCGAAUAGCAGUUGAUGCAGUGGAUUUUUAUUUAAUUGAGAAUGGAACAGCGAUGCAUACAUGGAUUUCACCUAUUCGAACUGCAACGUGUAAUUUGCAUGGCCAACAAGUAAAGUCCGGUGUAACGAGUCUGAUUCCGACGAUUCUUCUGCGGCAAUUCGUUUCAACGGGAGGACAUUUCGUUCACAGUAAUGGCAAUUCACACAGUAAUACUAACACUACGGGAAGUAGUCGCUCUACUAAGGCACACAUUCAUAACAAUGCUAAACAUGAAGCAGAUCGAAAAGAUGAGUCUAGCUGCGGAAUGAAACAAAAGAAAACAACGGAGCAGCAGCAACAGCAGGUACCUUACUUGUAUCGCCGUGAUUCCAAAGAUCAUAAGAAUCCAGACGAUCCGUACGGUUCGUUGAACAAUCGACGGAACCAUGAAUCAGAUCAUUUUCGACGGGAGAAAGAGGAAAUUUAUGCUUCAAUACAUUCAACGAAAAGUAUCAACAAAGAUAUUGAUUCAACCGAACCGUGGCUGGAAGUUGGCUCGUUGUCAUUGGGUCCGGUCAUCAUUGAGGCUGCUUCUGCGCUACCAAUUCCGGAGCAUUGUUUACAUCUGGUGCAACACAAUUAUUUGAAACUUCACGACGAUCGAGCUAAAAGGUUGUGGUUCCUAUGGUCUAACAACAGUGAUCCAGUGCGGUGCGGAUGCGUAGGUGGAUGUGCUUUCUUCGGUAGCAACAGAAAUGGCCCUCGGUUUUUUAAGCCAUCGGCCCAAGAUCUUCAGGAAUUCAUCAAUAUCGCGCGCUAUCAUAUUCAUCCUAGCACACGUGAAUAUGGCUUCGGGCAGAGUCUGUUGCAUGAUGAUCAACUAGUGUUUCACACACCACCUUACAGUUUACAACCGGUUUCGCUCCAGGAAUGCUACGAAUACGUUGGUAAACCAAACUUGCGCGCCACGAGGUUUUGCAGUGACUCAAAAUCUCCUCUGCCGUCGAAACAUGAAUCGAUUCUCACACAGAAACAAUGCGAUAUAUCACCGAACAAUACGUUGAUUAGAAACGGAGGCGACAAAUCAGGAAAGUCUUCGCUGGAACGAGUGAAGGAGAAAGACAACGGUUCUCCACUCAGUGGUGACCGCAGUCGAGGCAGAAGAUUUUCAUAUUCCAGUGGAAGACAAAACACAAUUUCACAUGACGUUCCGUAUUAUCGUUUGCUGGAGUCUAGUCCAAAAGCCAACAACUCGAAGAUGUCGACCACCAUGUGUGGACGGUUAGAUUCGGAGUCACGACUACUCACGCCGAAAACAAUAAAAGCGCAGCCACCAAAAACGAGUGCAUCGGAUUCACGUCUUACAAUGGAGUACUUUCAAGGCGAAGAUACGGCUAGUGUCUUGGAGGAUCAAACCGAGCUGUCGUCAUCAGCGCCCCAACCGCACCCAUUGGAAUCUGAUUCGGAAUAUUCAAUCAGUCCAAAGGUGACGGAAGAAGUUAUCGUGCGAGACGUCCAGCGUACGGUGUCUCUUACAUCGGAGAAUCAUUCCGAAGCAUUCUUUUCGGCAGAUGAAGAUUUACAUGCCUCGCGAAGCUCAAGUCUGAAAGCCGCUGAUGUUUCCGCUGUGAUACCGAAGAAGCGAUUCGCCUCCGAUCUCAGCAUAGUUGGGCCAAAUGAAUUAGACGGAAAGCUGUCUACACACAGAAGUGACUAUGAAAUUCACACACCGGAGCAUCGAAGUUUGCCUAUUAGACCGCAAUCCACAGCUGAGUUGAACGAAGAGGAGCAUCGGAUCCAUGGUUUAGUGACACCGCUGCGUAAAUUUAGCAAUAUUUCACCUCGCCCCGAAUUUCGACAUUUCAAACCAGUUUAUGACGUUGAUCCACACGACUCUUCGGAAUCGCACUCGCUUUCUUCGAGUUCUUUCAUCUCGGCUCUUUCGUCGCAAGAGGAUAUAACAUUGGUCAACUUACACAUGCAGAUAAAUCGCUCCAUAGUCGACUCGCCACUUUUAAUGGCCAGCUAUGUUACUCACCUAGCGCAAGUACGAUGCACGAACUGGUCGCACUGUUCCAUGCCGUUCGGAGCGGAUGCCUUUUCGAUGCCAAUGUUUCAGCAAAAUGAAGACGGAGGAUUGGUUUAUAUAGGUGGUAAAUUGGUUCCCCAUUUCGAUAACUAUUCGCAUUGGCGGGAAGUUAAGAUUGUAUCGCGCACUGACUGCGGAAGCCAGCAGCCAUCAUCUUCCAACAUUUCCACAUUAUCCAAGCCACAUCCAUGGGAUCCGAAUGUUAUGAUACGGAACAAUACCGACAAGCAGGAGUGCAAGGAGAGCGAGAGUGAAUUUUUGAGCUCGCAGGGUGAAACUGCAACCAGGAAUUCGGUGGUGGUGCGAUUUAAAGGACAAGUGGACGUUAUGUUGACGCCACUAUUGCUGGAAGGGAUUCAAAGAAUGAUUGAAUCGCUCAUACCCACACUAGCCACGGUGCACCCGUUAACUAUAAUAAACAAUAUGCACGCUUCUUGUGUGAAUAAGGUAGAAGCCGUGAACAUUCUUAAACGGGACCAAUCUCUCAGCUAUUGGUCACAGGUUCACUCUAAUUCUAAACGAUCAACGGCUGAACGAAAUUUGCAGGGCCCCGGUGGUCCCGUUUUAACCGAUGUGUACGAGGAAAGUAUUUCAACACAGCUCCAAGGGUUAAUUGUGCUUCCCAAAAUGAACGUAACACUGAUUCAAAGUUCAGUGAUCGAGGAAGUGAUAUCAUUCGCCGCGUUGGAUAAUGUGCAAGAAUUAAGCUGUGCAUCUCUGUUAGCGGUUUGCUUCGAAGGAGUUUCUACGAGAUUUCAUCUGGGUAAAACAACAAAGGCUUCAAUGCACACCGUUUAUACCCAACCAACGGUUCGUACUGGUGGGCUGAAGAAGAGCGGCUUGAUCCGAGGCACCAGAGCAUUACUAGCUCAUCUGUCAUCCCAAACGCGACCGGAUAACAGUCCGGGUGAACCGGUCUUGUUGGAAACAUCCGAAAAGCAACUGGAAGAACUGAUAGUUACUUUGGACGUUGGAAAAGCACACGCUCAACUGAGACGGUUGAAAAAUGAGCCACUAGCAAUCCAAGACUCACAGAUUGUUAUAACCGCUAUUCCAACACACAGAAGUAGAGCGAUGUUUGACUGUACGAAAAUUCCAGAAGAACCAGGAUCAGAUUGCAACUCUGGUGUGGGUUUUAUAAUGUUCGAAUGCGGCAUGGAGGGUGUGUGUGUUAAAAUUGUCAAGAGAUCUCAAUUUGAAAAAUCGGAAAAUGCUGAAGAAACAUUGAAACCAACCCCGGAGAAGAUUGAACCAGAAGUAAAUCAGAGCAGUGUUACAAGUAACAAUCCUCUAAACUUGGUAACCCUUCUUAACGAAGCUGGCGGUAGUAUGGCCGCAGAAGCUCUCGCAAAAAUCGGCAUGAAGAGACCAUCCACUCCUAAAACCAGUAUAAUCAAAGAUAAGAACUCAGCUACUCACGAAUCUCGGCCAAAAGAAAAAACAACAGAGAGCAGUGUGUUGAGGGAUCGGUUAACAAACAAACCAAACGAAGGGUGUGUACUCAAUGAAUCAGAUCAAGCAAAUGGACAAGCCGCACAUCCUGAUUUGAAUUCUUCUGUGAGUGAUAAACACAAUAAUUCGGUGGUAUCUUCGAAAAAUGACAACGGGAAAACCUCGUCUUGUGUUAUUGAUUUCAAAACAGUUUGGUUCAAUUUUGCCGCUCCGCCAAGGACUCCAAUUACCAGGAAAAUUGACUACUCCCGGUUAGACUGGAAUCUACUGAGUACUGCAUCUCCGGCGAUUACAGCCUGGAUGAAUCCUAGUAAUCGUUUAGCAAUCAAAGUUGUUGCAUUAGUUCGAACACUAUACGUCCGGCAGACUGCAGUUAUGGUAGCCUUGAUGGCUGAUGCUUGGGAGCGUCAAACUGUGCAUCGACCCGUUAAAAGCCGUUAUCAUGGAGUGUUUACUCCACUUGCUAAAACACUUCAGGAAGACCCUAGUUGCUUGUUGUGCACCAUGUUACAAAAAUACGUUCUAGAGGAGUCAGUGCAGAAAAUUGAAGGUGAUCUCAAACAACAAUACGUCCCGCAAUUGAGCAUUCUGAGACAGGCCGUUAUUGUUCUUAGCAGACAGUGGAAAAACGUUCUAUAUAACCCGAUGUUGUUCGAGCACCAGUAUAAAGGAAAAUUGAACAACCCAAUAAGCGUUACGUUUUCAUUGCCACAAGAUGAGGAUGCAGAAGAUACGGAUGAUAUUGAUGCAGAAAAUGGUCCGGUGGGUAUCGUUGAAAAUCACCCUUUGGGCGACGAAGAGAACGAGCAUACAAUGCUAUUGAGCCAAAGUAUACCGAAUCAUCAACGUGAAACAACGACUGCUCAUCAGCAUCACGUAAUAAAAGUGCCUGAGGAACCGGUACAAGUCCACAUAACUAAGCACGGAGAUUCGCUUAACACCUCCCCUAGUACUAACAAUUCCCAUAAACAACGGAAGAAAUCCUCGGUAAAGAGUUUCAUACCUCCAGCAGCACCGCCAUCACGCGCAAGCAUACAAAUGUUCCCGAUCAUCUUCGACAAACAUGAUCCUCAGAUUGAAUAUGGAGCGUUGAAGGAAGGAUCCCUGCCUUCUGUAUGUAGUUCGUCGGAUUCGAUGGAUAAACCUUGGACUCCACCCCCAAACCAAAAAGAAGAUCUUUAUUCGUGGAUGGCAAAACAACAGAAUGGCAACUCCAAGAAAACCCACAGCAGAGAUAAACAUGAGAGUUUCCCUUCAACUUCUAAAAAUCGUCCUGAAAUUCAUUCGAUUAAGUACAUGCAAGAUAAUAAUCGUAUCCUUGAUGCACACCUCAUUUUCGAACCAAUGUUAACUUGCCUUGGUGUCAUGCCUCAGCAAAUGAUCAAUAGCAUUUCGAACUCGGACGUGUCGUCACUGGAUAGCCUGGGUACAAAUCUUUCACUCGUAUGCUGCUUCGACACAAUGCGUAUUGAUAUCGUCGUGAGCGAAGGGGGUGACUCUAAAAAGUCAAAAUCCAAGAUAAAUAAGAAAGGGAAUGGAAAGUUUUCAUUAAUAAUGCCAUCUGAGCAACCAGCUUUUCUUUGUGAACAUGUUGGAGUCGAAUUGGAACUGCUUAAAAUGACUGACGGAUUCCCAGAUGACGCAAAACACAACAUGCUGUAUGUAUCCAGAGGGCAAUUAAAGAAACAUACCAGCACAGUGAUAAACUUCAGCUUGAAUGUACGAUAUUUAUCACAGCAAGUGAACAUGCCAUUGUUGCGAUUACUUCAUCAAAUCACCAAUAUGUAUCAAAAUGUAAAGGAUGCUCAAAAUGAAAUGAGAGAUCAUCCGGAGCACGGAAAGCGUAGCGCGCCAUUGAAGGACGAAUCUAGCCUAGCAUCAGAAAUCAACGAUCCGACAUUGAUGGGUUCACUCAAUGAGCCGUUGAUGGCUCAUAUCGACAACGCAAUUUUCGACUACGCUGACGAGCGAUAUGAUAAGUUCAACGAGGAGAUUUCUUUCCGUCACGAAUUGCGGCAUUCAGUUAGUCGAUCGAAGAUGCCAAGUCUUGGACCGCUAAUACCUUUGACUCCUUCCCCUGGAUCCCGUAGCCGGCCCCAUAGUUUUGCUCAAAAAUUGAGGAGUACCAGCAAGUCUGUGAAGGGAAAACUGGGCUACACCAAUCUCAACGACACAGUAACAACGCCGAUCAAAUCGAGCCCACCGGCGGCGACGUUUGUUGAUUCCAUUUCGAGAACCUCGGUAGAAGCUAAGAACUCGAUUACGGGUGGUUUGUCCAGCACUUACGGAGAUUUCACAGCACCUUUCGAUCGAUCAACAUUCACCGGACCGAUCCAUAGUAUCCUUGACACACCAAAAUGCUGGAAAACAAUCUAUCAUCUAUUGGACCUUUAUUCAGCGAUGCCAGAAGCAAAAACCAUUGCGCACAGGGUAUCAUUAUCACCUGAUGUCGUGGGACAAAUUAAGGCGCGAAAGUACAAUCUGCUCCAAGAUAAUAAGCACGCUAAUCGUGAUUACGAAGACGGUAGAUCAGGCACGCCUCUACCAAAGGACCUGAAUGUUGUGGCGCAAGAAAGAACCAGACUGGUUGUAUUUGGUGUUGCAAAAAUUCAUCGAACGAGAUUACUUGCCACUCUGAGCGGCUUGAAGUUGGAGGCAGAAAUCACAGCACUUCAUAGUAGCACCACAUGGCGUAAAAAAUCUCGCCCGGCCUCGUUGGAAUGCUCUUUGACUGGUCAAGUCGGACGAGCCAUGAUUAUGUUACUGGAAGGUGUACCCCCCAAUCAACAGACUGUCGUGAAGGUCACCAUCGGCAAAAGUCAAACGCUGUACUCGAGCAUCACUCGCAAAGGGAAGGACAAAAACAACGGGUUGCUUUCGAUUGGUAUCGUAAACAUUGACAUCCCUCAACAUCCCGUAGCGUUGCAUGGAAUGAUGACCCGUGGUUCUAAACAAAUUUCUUCGACUCUCCAGGAGCUACGCGUCACAAGAAGCUCGGCCAGAUUGACUCGCCAAAAUGAAGAGCCAGAAUCUCCGUUACAUCCUCAAAGAGAGACCAACGACAAGAUUCCGAAUGCACGUAAACAGAGUACAACGGCAGCCAAAGCUGCCAUGAACAAACACAGCGGUCUAUUACAGCCACUUGUUAUGCAAUUCAAUAUAAUUCUGCAAAGCCUAUCGGUGACAGCAGCCCUUCUGCCAUCGUUACAAGCACAAUACAAGAUGGAUCAUGUCACUUCCACAGGAGUAACCGGAAACAAAGCAAAAUUCACAAUAGACUUGCCAAACCAUUCUCUCAGUUUCACUACAAAAGUGCAAACAACCGAAACCAACUUGCCAUCCGAAGCAUGCAUCGCCUUGCCACCGGUUCAUGUCAGUGCCGAAUAUAUACCUGAGAGUGGAUCUGAGGAGGCACCCAUAGAUGGGGUGGUACUCAAGCGGGGUGGUUACUUGGCAGCUUCAGCAGAAAUUGGAGUGUUUGAGCGAUGUCUUUCAACCGACUUGUUGAACCAUUUAGUAUUUGUGCAGAAAGUGUUUAUGAAAGAAGUAAACGAAGUUGUUCAGAAAGUCUAUGGAGGGGAGAAACCUGUUCCAAUCUGGCUGGAGGACAAUGACGAUAGUGGAUCGCAUAUUAAGAGGAUUUUGUUUUCUUUGAACAUAAAAGUGAAAAGAAUUCAGCUGACAGCUACUACUCCCUGCAACUCGGCAGUGAGGUUCGAGACGGGACAGCUGGAUUUGCAUUUAUCCAAUCGUGUGAAGAAUUUGGCUGAUGGAUCAAAUACCAAGUUAUUCGGGAAAGCACAGAUUGAUCUCAAUCUAUCUCUCGGUCAAAUAAUAAAGAAUGUAAUAUUCGACGAAGCCGAACCUGAAUUCCAACAAUAUGCAUUUUUCAACACGACAAUCGGUUUGAGAAACGCGUUCCAGGAUGAGAUGAUGAAUGAUGAUAAGGAACUAGUUUUGAUAACGUUGAAGCGGCCAUUAAUGUACGUUCAACCGAUUGCCGUUGAUAAGGCAAUCCUUGUUUGGCUGAAUUAUAAAAACGCUUACGAGUAUUGGACCGAGAAACGCGCUAAUUUAAACAAAGAAGUUCUAAUGGCAACUCAACAAGUGUUCGAAAAGGUUCCAUUUGAGAAACUUAGCAACCAUUUGGCAACCACCAAUCUGUCGACGCUGUACCUACAAUUAACGGUAGAGGAUAUGGGAAUUUGUUUGCCACUGAAUCAACCCUCACAACACUGGGGCAAUCGUUCGGUUGGUGAUUUCGAACAGAAAGGAGCAGUAGUUAUUACAUUGGAGAACACAAUAAUUUCAGCGUGUAGUUGUGGCUCAUUGGUGUCGAAAGGAAAGUUUUUUGGACUUUGUCUCCGUUUCGCUGACGACUUUGACUCGUCGUUGGAUGAAUGGAAACCUAACAUGAAUGAUGCCAACAUUAUGAACUUGUGUGUCGUUUCCGAGGGAACCUAUGAAGUCUGCUCGCGAACAGUGGCUGCAAAACCUCCGGACAAUGCAAAGUGGUUCCUCAACGUGAAAUGGCAGAUGGAGGGCGUCGAUAUUCAUCUCGAUGUAAAUAUUGGCAAACAAUUAUCCGCAUUGGGUCACACACUCACCAUGUUAACUGGUUCGGAAGACGAGGAACCGAUUUCUUCUGACACCCAGGACAGUGAUGAUGCGGAUCAAUUGGAAGGAAAUCGUGCUUCGUGCGAAUUCGGGCUGAAGGGUAGAAAGUCGGUUGAUUCUCUCCCAUCAUUUCUAUUUGACACUACGAUAGAUCCAAAGAAGAGAUCCUUACUGAUGGAAAAUGAAAUAGCCGAGCAAACGAAGACUGUGAAUGAUUUGCGAACACUUGGAGCUUCCAUAAAAACGAUUGAAUAUGAAGAAAGAAGGCUGCAGGAACUACAGAGUAUUUGCUUUAAAUAUGUCCGAAGGGACAUGCUACAGAAAUGGAAGCGACCAGUGGUACGGAAACCAAUGCUGAAGUCCGCCAACCGUUCACGUUCCUUCAUUGCUUCGUCUCCAACGAGAGAAGAUCUGGUGGAGUCUGCUGAUGGGUGCACUGUGUUAGACAUGGGUACAAACGAUGGAUUGUUGAACAGUUUGCAGGAAUCUCCCAACUCAGGCCCGUCGAGGAGCGCCUCUUUGAGGACGAAGAUGUCACAAACCAAUCGUGUUACUUUCACGGAAGCCAUGCGUCAAUCGUCAUUGCCAAGUGCAGAUUCCGAUAUUGCUUUCUCUGAGUCUGGGUUCGACUGGGCCAGGUAUGAUUCAUCUUCGAUGACAUCGGAUGUGCCCCAUUUGUUGGAAAUUGAUGGUGAACAGGUGGAGCUGAGGAAAAAGAGCCCCAACCAUCCCCAGAAGCAACAGGAGCCUAAUAUUGAUUUUGAAUUGGACAUAAAAGUGCUGGUGAAUUCUGGAAAAUGUGUACUGCACACUAAAGAUAUAGCGGAUGAAAAGAUGACAACUAGUGUGAGCAGUACGAUACGCCAUCACAGACGCGAAAGGAGUAUUGGAACCGAUUGGGGAAGUCCCAUUCCUCCGAGAAGAAACAAGGAAAAGUCCAGGCUUAAAUACAAUUCUCCGUACACGGCAUUGGUAGAUUUGACUAUUUUCCACAUUCCCGGAUUGGAUGUCAAGCUGCAGUAUCAAUCGAAAAUUAUCGAUGAAGGUGUCUCACCACGGCUCAGUACAAACGAUCCGUUCGGAGUUACACGCAAGCAUGGAUUGAAGCGUGCGACAUUGUUCGCCUGGAUGACACUGCAGAGUAUUCCCGAGGAAACGAUCAUAUCACCGCACAUUUUAGAAUUUUUAGAGCAGACUCUGGAACCCAUUCCAUCGAAAAUUAUCUCUGUUCCAUCUAAUCCAGUGAAUUUACAAAUGCUCGAGAAUAACUAUGCUGUCUAUGCCAGUUUUCCUGUGGAUGUUGUGGUGUACUUCCACAUGCAACCGUCGACGUUCCGGUUUUCCUGUUUGCCGGUUUCCAGAGUUGAGUGCAUGCUCCAACUUCCGAGUUUGGACAUAAUUUUCAGCUCAAAUCGCCAGGAGGAAGAUUCCACGAGUAUUGGUGUGGGUGAAGGUGAAGCCAAAUCAGCAGGAGGUCUAAGCGUAACGGGAUGUUUAGCAGACUUUAACGUUUAUAUAUUCCAUCCGUACGGUGGCAAGAAAACAAACCUCAAGGAAACACAUCAGUUCAGUCCGUUGGCAGACAGCGAACGGAAGGAUUCUCUUAGCAUAAACGUAGAGUUUGUCAAGUUUCACAUUACCCGUUCGAAGAAAAUCAACUAUGAAACAGGUAUCACUAGGAAGAUGUCUGACCAAUCGAAAGCAGUGAUUCGAUUCUCGACCAUAGUGGACAUUGGUUCGGCAUCGUUCAAAUAUGACAUGAGGCGUCUAACAGAAAUUUUAGCUUUCCCUAAGGCAUGGUACCGCAGGAGCAUUGUAAGGAGAUUGUUCCUAGGAGAUUUAAGCGUGCCACAGGUGAGCAUGUGUGAUUUGGAGAGUGUGGUGGAAAACGUUAGCAUGAAGGCUGCCGCCGAUGCAGAGCUCCCAAGAGAAGCACUGAAUAGAGAUAAACUCAAGCUGAGCUUAGAAGAUGACAUUCCAAAAUUGAGUACAGGAAGUAUAAGCUCUUCAUCCACAGCGGCAAAGUUGAAAGAUCAGAAAUCAUCCAGCAUGGACUCAAAUACUUCACCAUCGGACGUGAACCAAAUUACGUCAUGGGAAACGCUAGUAUUAUUCGCUGUGAAUUUCACCAAACUGAACGUUCAAAUGAAUAUGGGAAAUGUUAUGGGGAACAUCGUUUGGCUAACGAAAGCAUUCAGGAGCGACGGGCGACUUAGCAUCGGAAGCACUGGCCAUAAAAAUAUGUAUAUUGGUGUAGGUUUGGGAGGUUCAUCGCUAGACGCAAAAGGAGGUAUUGUGGGAGGAACGAUCGAGUUAAGCAAAAUAGAUACAUUCAUUCACAUAAAAGAAGAUCCUGGUAGCGAACCCGAUCAUCAGGUUGGAAUCAAGUUACUUGCUUUAGAGCUCAAGUUUGAUUACAUGGGGACAAGUGUGCUUAUGACCAGAAUUAGUUCUUUGAGUGCUCAACUUCGGGAUCAAUGGAAAUUUUCCAAAGAAGGCGAUUUCAACAAUGGUCAGCCCACAAAAUAUCCGGCGAUAAUUUUGAUACAUGGAGACCUAUCUUGGGAUCAACUUCAAAUGAUGAUAUCCAAAUCAACCACGGCUGACAUUUUAAAGAUGUUUUAUAAAUUGGAAGAGUUUUUCUCGCAACAGUUCAAGUCCUCCAAGCGAGUAUUUUCCAAUUUAGAGCCGCGGCUAGCCAACAAUCGUGGUAACAUGAAAAGGAAACAAUCUGCAAAAAAAUAUUCGACCGCUUCGGAUCCGUCGUCAGCUUACGAGCGGGAACUGAAUGCACAUGACACCCGACAUCAUCGCCAUUGGCAGCGCCCAUUCAAGCAAACCAAAGGAUUGUGGCUUACAACGCUAGGAGUGCCACUGUCGAAUGUAGGCUCAGUGCUCGGAGGUACGAUGGAGCUACGGGGUAAAAAUAUUUCGCUGGCCUGUUUCCACGGAAUCAAUUUUAAAUCUAAAUCAUGGGCGUUGUUCAGUUUGAAAGAACCAUGUAUCAACUUUGCUACCGAAGCUCAACAUGUUGAACUGACCGAAGAGAUUCAUGUCGUCCAGUCAUUAACGUUCGGACUAGGAAUGAAUACUCAACAACCAUCACAACACCAUUCCAACGCGACCGUUGUUCGAAUGACGAGGAAUGUCAUCUUUCCGCCUCAAUUCAAAACGCUCCAUGAGUGGUUCCAUUACGCGUUUGCAAAUAGCGAAAUCGAUGCCGUCGAUCGUUUUCCGGUUUUGGAGAGAGAUAAAGAGCAUCACACUAAUUCUUUUGAACGGUCCAGGGGAGUCAGUGCUGGUACAUCAACGCAUCCAAAAUUGCAGGAUCCAAAUCAUAACCGUGAGGUGAUUUUCGCUUUACCCAGCUUACAAUUGCAUUUUAAAACUGAACAUUUGCAAGGAGUUACUACACCGGAUGUUACCAAAGAUAAACCACUUGUUGAGUGCAGUUUCAUAACCGAAUUUGAAGACCACAUAUUUGUCACAGUGGAUGCUGAUGCGUUCUUCUUCUUGCACGAUUUGAUUACAUCUUACCUGAGGGAAAAAGACAGGGUGCUCGGAACGCUAACCAGUGCACGAGCUUCCUCGCCAAUCCAUCGGACAACAAAUACCUGCCCAUCGCCGACCCCAUCGAAUAAGUCGAUGUCCAAGGGCUCAGAAUCUGCUUCAUUACAAGACUCGAACCAAUCGUUCGCCAAUGGAAGUGCCGUAAACAUACCGGAAGCGGGCACCUCCGGUUCUAGGAAUCGAACGGAGGAAAAGUCUGACAAACCGGACGUAGAGUUACUUUUGCGAACUGAUUGGCGAAAUUUCAGCUGUAAGACGUGGCAUUUGGAACCAACCGUGAGAUUGUUAUCAUGGGCAGGCAAAUCUAUUGAACCGUACGGCAUCGACUACAUCUUGAACAAGCUGGGAUUCAGCCACGCACGCACCACAAUACCAAAGUGGUUACAACGAGGUGUCAUGGAUCCUCUGGACAAAAUAGAGGCUUUACUGGUGCUUCAAUUGUUGCUAAUGGCAAAGGAAAAUGAAAACGACAAAGAAGAAGCCAAGAACCAGUGAAUAUUUUGCAGUUAUUAUCACGUAGUGAAGAUCUUGCAUAGCAAUGCUGUAGUAAUCCAAUAUUGCUGAUAUAUAUUGAUGUUAUCAUGCUUCUUGUAGUUCUGAAUAUUGAAGUUUAUUAAGCGCGGCAAAUGAGGUGAGAUGACUUCACUCACUCAGUGAGAAAUUUAUUUCUGGGUGAGUGAGACAUUUAUCACAUACUAAAAAAGCGGAAAUGUCCUUGUUACAUUUUAAUGUCAGCAAAGCGAUGCUCAAAAAUUGCGAGCAACAAGGUGUUAGAGAAGCAGAGUUAAACGUUUUUAUUCCACUAUAAAGAAUUUUGGUUGAUAGGCGAUGGAAAGUUAUUUUUUCUGGAAAAAUAACCUGAACCAAUACUCUUGGUUUGCUUUCAAACAUUUCACAAUUUAGGAGCGUUUUCUUUUCACUAUAGAAUAAUAAAAGUGACGUGAGUGAUCUCACGUAACUCGCUGCGCAGAAUAAAUACCAUUAUCAUAUCUCAAUAUGACUUCUUGUAGAAUAACAUUGUAUUAUGCUGAAUGUGGAUGUGAACAACAUCUGAUCAGAUGAUAAAUCUAAUAAAUUAUGUGUACCCUGCAAAAUAAUCAGUGUCCGGUCAUC